UUUUCGCGCCUUCCUCCCUGAACCCCCCUCAACUCCAAGGUGUCCCACCAUUGCCUGCACCACUCUCACCAGCACUCUCAUUCUUUCCUCCCUUUCCUCGCCUUCCGAUCCUCCCAAGUCUGUUCUGUUGCGUCGCAUGCCCAUCAUACGGGCUCGUACGAUUGCAUCCCCUGUGCUGCAGUCAACCAACGCUCCGCUCUCUUCACGCAAUUCGCCGCGGUGCCUCUCUGCUUUUGUGUUUCGUUGUCGCUGCGCUGCUUGCCCCCCUCCUCAGUACCGUGCCCUUGCACUUCGACAUUUAGCCACAGCGUCGCACAUUUCCACAGCAUCGUUGCCAGCAUCGCCAGCAUUGCCAGUAUCUCAACGACUCACAGCCUUCGUGCGACAUUUUGGAGCCUCCUCAGCAAGUCGAAGAGCUCCGAGGCUCUGAGGGCCAGAGUGCCUAAUACGACCAUCUAAUCCGACCGCAACCAAGAUCAUGUCAGUCAAGCUGCACAACCCGUCGCGCGACUCCCUGGCCUCCUCCUCGUCUGGCAACCCCCUCACACGGCAAAACACCAUGUCUUCGUACGACGGGUCGCGCUCGGCGCGUCAAUCGAAACGCUACUCCAUGUCUGCGCUGUAUAUGUCCAUGUCAGCACACGAUGGCGAUCUCCAGAUUGAAGAUGAACUGGCCAAAGCGCAAAAGACGCUUCGUGAACUGAAAUCCAAGAUCUCAUCUCAGUCCAAGAAGAACUUUGUUUUGGAAAAGGAUGUGCGAUACCUCGACUCGCGCAUUGCCUUGUUGAUUCAGAACCGCAUGGCGUUGGAGGAGCAGAACGAAGUCGCGAGCCAUUUGGAGGACGCCACCGACAUGCAGCAGGGCUUCUUUCCUAACGACGACAAAACCCAGAAAUACGGCAACCUCAUGUUUCUCCUACAAACCGAGCCGCGACACAUUGCGCAUCUGUGCAGACUGGUUUCGAUGGCGGAGAUUGACUCCCUGCUCCAGACUGUCAUGUUCACGAUUUACGGAAACCAAUACGAGAGCCGCGAGGAGCACCUGCUGCUUACCAUGUUUCAAUCCGUCCUGACAUACCAGUUCGACACGACUGCCGAUUUCAACUCGCUUCUCCGAGCCAACACGCCAGUAUCACGCAUGAUGACGACUUACACCCGGCGAGGUCCCGGUCAGAGCUUCCUCAAGUCUGUACUUGCCGAUCGAAUCGAUAGCUUGAUCCAGCUGCGGGAUUUGGAUCUGGAAAUUAAUCCUUUGAAGGUCUAUGAGCGCAUGAUUGAGCAGAUUGAGGAGGACACCGGCAAGCCUCCGCCUAAUCUACCCAAAGGCAUCACCGCGGAGCAGGCUGCCGAGAAUGCGCAGGUACAAGCCAUCAUCGAGCCCAGAUUGACAAUGCUUACCGAAAUCGCCAAUGGCUUCCUGAACACCAUCAUCGAGGGAUUGGAGGUGGCCCCAUACGGUAUCCGCUGGAUCUGCAAGCAAAUCAGGAGUUUGACGAAGCGCAAGUAUCCUGACGCGAAUGACCAGGUGAUCUGCACGCUCAUUGGAGGUUUCUUCUUCCUGCGCUUCAUCAACCCAGCCAUCGUUACGCCCAAAUCAUACAUGCUUAUCGACGGAACACCAGCCGAGCGCCCGCGACGUACGCUCACCUACAUCGCCAAGAUGCUGCAGAACCUAGCCAACAAACCGUCAUACGCAAAGGAACCCUACAUGGCCAAGUUGCAACCUUUUGUCCAAUCGAACAAGGAUCGCAUCAACAAAUUCCUGCUUGAGCUGUGCGAGGUGCAGGACUUUUAUGAAAGCCUCGAAAUGGACAACUACGUGGCGCUGUCGAAGAAGGACCUGGAGCUGGACAUUACGUUGAACGAGAUAUACACCAUGCACGGCCUGAUCGAGAAGCACCAGGGUGAGAUUUGCAAAGACGAGAACUCGCACCUGGCCAUCAUCAUGUCGGAGCUGGGGGCGGCCCCAGCGCAAGUCCCGCGUAAGGAGAACAAGGUCAUCAACCUACCGCUCUUCAGCCGCUGGGAGACGGCCAUUGAUACGCUGACGGCGGCCUUGGACAUUACGCAAGAAGAGGUCUUCUUUAUGGAAGCCAAGUCUAUCUUCGUCCAAAUCAUGCGGUCUAUUCCUUCCGCUAGCCCGGUGGCUCGACGCCCUCUCCGACUCGAGCGGAUUGCCGACGCGGCUGCCACGAGCCGGAAUGAUGCGGUAAUGGUGCGCAAAGGCAUCCGCGCGAUGGAGCUCCUGUCACAGCUUCAGGAGCUGGGCGUUAUCGACAAGAGCGAUCAGUUCGGCCUACUCAGGGACGAGGUCGAGCAGGAGCUUCAUCACCUAGGCUCGCUCAAAGAAGGCGUCAUUGUGGAGACGGCCAAACUCGAAGAGGUGUACAAAACGAUCCGUGACCACAACACGUACCUGGUCGGCCAACUGGAGACCUACAAGAGCUACCUGCACAAUGUCCGCUCGCAGAGCGAGGGCACCAAGAGGAAGCAGCAGAAGCAGCAGAUCCUCGGCCCAUACAAGUUCACCCACCAGCAGCUGGAGAAGGAGGGUGUGAUACAGAAGAGCAAUGUGCCGGAUAACAGACGGGCCAACAUUUACUUCAACUUUACGAGCCCACUGCCGGGCACGUUUGUCAUUUCACUACACUACAAGGGCCGCAACCGGGGUCUUUUAGAGCUCGACCUUAAGCUGGACGACCUUCUGGAGAUGCAGAAGGACAACCAGGAUGAGCUGGAUCUCGAAUACGUCCAGUUCAACGUGCCCAAGGUUCUUGCCCUCCUCAACAAGCGGUUCGCGAGGAAGAAGGGGUGGUAGGCGUCACAUCCUCUCCACGUCCUUUUAGCGCAUUUUCUCGACUGUACCACAAUUAUCAACGGGCCAACGGCGUUGCGGAGCACCGAUACCACGGAAGUCGUCUUGAGAGUCAUUUUUACAUUGUUGUCGCUAUCAUUACACGUCCAACCCAUGUUUA